CACGCCCAUAAUACUAAGUUUACCAUUGUAUGUACCGUAGAUGCUAUGUACUAUGUACAGUCGGAGAAGCUAUAAGAUAUAGUACUAUGGUACAAGCUACGGUAUCAAUUGUACAUAGUAGUUAUAGCUCGCCCUGGCUUGGCCAAUGGGGACCUAUUGGUUGCUAAAAACUGGAGACAAUGGGAACAGACGGAAUAGUGAUUCACACUGUGCUGCUCCGUACCGAUACUUCUGCUCUGUGAGCCACUUGAAGCUUGGUCAACUUGGGCCCCACAUUCGGAUUAGCUCUUUCUCUCGUUGCUGUGUCUCCCAAGUCUUAUAAAGAAAUUGGUCGCCCACACUGAACGCGCUUUCCUCUUCUCUUCCUCAUCACGUUGAAGACUUGGUUCGGCUCUCUCGUCAAUUCCACCCAAGGUCGUCCGUGGUGCCUUCCGCCAAAAAUCUCCCCUCUUCCCCUCUGUGUGAUCAGUUUGACCGUCGUCCAUUUUACACUCACGACAUCAUACCUCACCAAAUAAAAAAAGAAAAACAUCGUCACCUACAUAACACCCUAAUCAGCAUUUCACCAUCCCGGAUCCUACUUUUGUCGCCGAUCUCUCUUACUCGCCUAACCUGGAGUAAAUAAUAAUAAUUCCCUGGACUUCGUCCUCUCAACAACUCUUUACCUUCUAUUUUGACACUGAGUAUUACUCGGCUGUCAUCUCUAGAAACUCGCCGCAAUGGCUGAGUCCAACAAUGCCGCCGCGCCGGCACUACACACCAAUAUAGAGUCGGGGAAAUUUGACGAGAAAGAAGCCCACCGUGUUGAAGAUCCCGCCCCAACCAAGACUGUCAAGGGCGAGGAUGAGGAUGAAGAUGAGGAUAUCGACGCCUUGAUCGAGGACCUCGAAUCUCAGGAUGGAAACGCUGAUGAUGACGAAGAGGAGGAGGCUUCGCCUGCCGGUGCUGGUCGUGUUGUACCAGAGGAGAUGCUCCAGACUGAUACUCGUGUCGGUCUUACGGAGUCGGAGGUCACCAACCGUCGCCGAAAAUAUGGUCUCAACCAGAUGAAGGAGGAGAAGGAAAACCUUAUCCUCAAGUUUCUCGGUUUCUUUGUCGGACCGAUUCAAUUCGUUAUGGAGGCUGCUGCUGUCCUUGCAGCCGGUUUGGAAGAUUGGGUCGACUUCGGUGUCAUCUGCGCCCUGCUGCUUCUCAACGCCUGUGUCGGUUUCAUUCAAGAAUACCAGGCUGGCUCAAUUGUCGACGAACUGAAGAAGACCCUUGCCCUUAAGGCUGUUGUUCUUCGAGACGGUACCCUCAAGGAAGUUGAAGCUCCUCAAGUCGUCCCCGGUGAUAUCCUCCAAGUUGAAGAGGGUACUAUCAUUCCUGCCGAUGGCCGAAUCGUCACCGAAGAUGCUUUCCUACAAGUCGAUCAGUCUGCCAUCACCGGUGAAUCACUCGCCGUUGACAAGCACAAGGCCGAUCAAUGUUUCGCUUCUUCGGCUGUCAAGCGUGGUGAGGCCUUCAUGGUUGUUACCGCCACCGGUGACAACACUUUCGUUGGACGCGCUGCCGCUCUUGUCAACCAGGCUUCCGCUGGCAGUGGUCACUUCACUGAAGUCCUCAACGGUAUUGGAACUGUGCUACUCAUUCUGGUCGUUUUCACUCUCUUGAUCGUCUGGGUUUCAUCUUUCUACCGAUCCAACCCCAUUGUCGAUAUUCUCCGGUUUACUCUUGCCAUCACCAUCGUUGGUGUUCCCGUCGGUCUUCCUGCUGUCGUCACCACCACCAUGGCUGUCGGUGCUGCUUAUCUUGCCAAGAAGAAGGCUAUUGUACAGAAGCUUUCCGCCAUCGAGUCUCUUGCCGGUGUUGAAAUUCUCUGCUCCGACAAGACCGGUACUUUGACCAAGAACAAGUUGUCUCUCUCUGAGCCCUACACUGUCGCCGGUGUGGAUCCUGAAGAUCUUAUGCUCACUGCCUGCCUUGCUGCCAGCCGCAAGAAGAAGGGUAUGGAUGCCAUCGACAAGGCUUUCCUGAAGUCUCUCAAGUACUAUCCUCGUGCCAAGGGUGUUCUAUCCAAGUACAUUGUCAAAGAAUUCUUCCCCUUCGACCCUGUCUCAAAGAAGGUUACUGCGAUUGUCGAGUCCCCUCAAGGCGAGCGUAUUACCUGUGUCAAGGGUGCCCCUCUAUUCGUUCUCAAGACUGUCGAGGAAGACCACCCCAUUCCUGAGGAGGUUGACCAGGCCUACAAGAACAAGGUUGCCGAGUUCGCUACCCGUGGUUUCCGUUCUCUUGGUGUUGCUCGCAAGCGUGGUGAAGGUGCCUGGGAGAUCCUCGGUAUUAUGCCUUGCUCUGACCCCCCUCGCCACGAUACUGCCCGUACUAUCAACGAAGCCAAGCGCCUAGGUCUAUCCAUCAAGAUGCUUACUGGUGAUGCCGUUGGUAUUGCUCGUGAAACUUCUCGUCAACUUGGUCUUGGUACAAACGUCUACAAUGCUGAGCGCCUUGGUCUUGGCGGUGGUGGUGAUAUGCCCGGUUCUGAGGUCUACGAUUUCGUUGAGGCUGCUGAUGGUUUCGCUGAGGUUUUCCCUCAACACAAGUACAACGUCGUCGAGAUUCUACAGCAGCGUGGCUACCUCGUUGCCAUGACUGGUGACGGUGUGAACGACGCUCCCUCUUUGAAGAAGGCUGAUACCGGUAUUGCUGUCGAGGGUGCUUCCGAUGCUGCCCGUUCCGCUGCCGACAUUGUUUUCUUGGCUCCUGGUCUCGGUGCUAUCAUCGAUGCUCUUAAGACUUCCCGUCAAAUUUUCCACCGCAUGUACGCCUACGUUGUCUAUCGUAUCGCCCUUUCUCUCCACUUGGAGAUUUAUCUUGGCCUGUGGAUUGCCAUUCUGAACCGAUCCCUUAACAUCGAGUUGGUCGUCUUCAUUGCCAUCUUUGCCGAUGUCGCCACUCUGGCCAUCGCCUAUGACAAUGCACCUUACUCUAUGAGCCCUGUUAAGUGGAACCUUCCCAAGCUUUGGGGUAUGUCCGUCUUGCUCGGUGUCGUCCUUGCUGUCGGUACCUGGAUUACUGUCACUACCAUGUAUGCUCAGGGCGAAAAUGGUGGUAUUGUCCAGAACAACGGUAACAUGGACGAGGUUCUCUUCCUUGAGAUUUCUCUUACUGAGAACUGGCUGAUCUUCAUCACCCGUGCCAAUGGUCCCUUCUGGUCGUCUAUUCCCUCGUGGCAACUAACUGGUGCCAUUCUUCUCGUUGAUAUUCUUGCCACUUGCUUCACCAUCUGGGGUUGGUUCGACCAUGGAUACACUCACAUUGUUGCUGUUGUCCGUAUCUGGAUCUUCUCCUUCGGUGUCUUCUGCAUCAUGGGAGGUGUUUACUACAUCCUCCAGGACAGCGUUGGAUUCGACAACCUCAUGCACGGCAAGUCCCCCAAGGGCAGCCAAAAGCAGAGAUCGCUCGAAGAUUUCGUCGUCUCUCUUCAACGUGUCUCUACCCAGCACGAAAAGUCCCAAUAAAUCAACCCCUUAUGAAGUGAAUGUCGUCACGUAGGUGGUGGUGGCCUGGGGGGGAGUUUUAAUUGGUGGUACAUACUGUCCUACGGUCUAUAGAUAUAAUCCAAGUAGGCUUGGUUGUUCACUUUCUUUCCUUCUUGUAAACUGAAAUACCACGGCGUAUAGGCCUCGGUUUCAUCAUACCCACGUCUCUUAGGCUUAAUAAGAAUGAAAAAAGAUAUAUAAAUAUUUGGGCCUUGUGUUUUGUGUGAAUGUUUGCUGAUGUUUGUUUAUAUCCUAUACCUGCCUACCUAGGUAGAGUCUAGAGUGUAGACAUGUAAUUACAUAGGUAUGUGUAGGUCUUUACGUAUAUGUAGGCGCAUACAUAUGUAAUUUUCACAUUUGUGGCCUCAUUGGUCAGUCACGU